AUGACAUCAAUCCCAUUGUAUUUGAAGAUCAAAAGCUCCAGGAAGGACAAAGAAGCGUUAUUUGAGACUAGUGAUAAAAGCAUUACGCUUAACGGCAAGCAAUACGAUUUCACAAAGAUAUAUAGUGGUAGUAAUAAUACAUACAAAGAAUUAAUAGAAACACUUGACCCAUGUUCAUACUUUAUAUUUAUGGGUCCUACAGGAAGUGGUAAGACUACUACACUUAAACAAGUGAUCUAUGAAAAGAUUCAUCAAUUAGAACAAGCUGCAACAGAAGCAUGCAUUACUGCAUUCGAAGUGAGUGAAAACAAGUAUGUAAUAGAUUUGCUUGAAACGCCAAUAAAAAAAAAAGAGUACCAUAGCUCGUGCUUCGAAUCUCAAUUGCAUAAAAGAAAGUUAAAGGGAGAUUCUCAUGAGGUGUUGGAAACUGUUUUUAAGAAGAGGAAUACGAAGAAAACAGCCUUUAAUAGUGAAUCUAGUAGAUCUUGUCUAGUGGUAACAUUCUUUUAUGAUGACAAAAGAGUUAUCUACAUUGAUCUUAUGGGUAACGAAAAGUAUGAAAAAUCGCUGCUGCUAUCCAAUGCGUUUGCCAAUACGAGUAUGUCAUCUAUAACGCAAUUACUUGCAAACAAGGCAUCCAAUAGUGGAAGAUCUUCCAAUCUCAUAACCAAUCUAAUUUUCAAAGGUAAUUUUCCAAGUCCAGGAAAGAUUAAUAUUAUUUUAAACGUUGAUCCUAAUGGAGAUAUCACUUUGCUUAAAUCUAUAUUAAAUAACAUUGCAUCUUUGGUCAAAAAUUUUAAAUUGGAAACCACAGGAUCUAAAAAAUUAGAUAAAACGCCUAAGAUUCCACAUUAUGCCAAACCUACAAUUUCUUCCCUUAGUCCAACUAGAAUGGCUCCCAGAUUGACUUACAGUGUGAGUCCAAUAAGAAAACAAAGCUCCACUCCUUCAAAAUUCAAGAUGAUUCCAAGUACAGACAAACUUAGCAUCGCUCCUAAAUUAUCAGGAUCAAGGAUUCAAAAAUUCCAAACACCUACAAGAAACGCAUUUAUUGCUCCAAUCAAGACCUCGCUGCCUUACAGAGCGAGUCAUUUGACCAAUAAUUUUUAUGAAAUUCAAAUUUCUAGUUUGAAAAAGACAAUCAAAGAUUUGGAACUUGAAAUAUCGGAUUUCAAGCAUGAAUAUAAAGAAAUAUUUCAAACAACAACUCUAGGAAAUCGAGAUAUUAGUAGCAUUGGAACUUUCGAACUAACUGAUAAUGAUUCCAAACUGAUCUCGCUAAAAGGAGAAUUAGAUGAAUUAAUUAGAAUUAAGGCCACUAAUGAUAGCUUGUUGAAGCAGAAAAACGUCUUAAAUGAAAAAGUCAAUGAUUUCAAAGUAGACUUUUAUAAGUUCAAGCUGGAGCACAGUAACUUUACAGGUAAUAUAGAAGCAUUGAAAAAGGUUGUAGGCUCAUUUGAUACCAAUGAUAGUCAAAUAAGGUUAAAAAAUAAUGAAAUGAUGGAAGAAGUGAAGACUAUAAAGGAAAAUUUAAACAAGGCGAUGCUUGAGAACUCUGUUUUAAAUUCACAGCUUAAGACAUUAACUACGCAGAAUAAAAUAUCAAUGCAAACAAUUGAGGAUCUUCAGAGAGACAAGAUAGAGCAACAGCUUUCAAUGGAAAAGCUAGCUCAGGAAAAUAAUUCCUUGCAAGCCAAAGUCUUAGACACAAAGAAUUUAGGAGAAGAGAUUUUAGAUUUGAAAAAA